AUCAGAUGACGCGUGGGAAAGCGUGGAAGUAAGUAAUAGAGCCGCCCCAACGCGCCAAGCAGCAGUGUGUGAGACAACGCGGUGACUGUGGAGAGAAAACACCCGGAACGCUGCCACCAUGAGUGAAAGAAAAGCCGUCAUUAAGAACGCCGACAUGUCGGAGGAGAUGCAGCAGGACUCGGUGGAGUGUGCCACCCAAGCCCUGGAGAAGUACAACAUCGAGAAGGACAUCGCCGCCCAUAUCAAGAAGGAAUUUGACAAGAAAUAUAACCCUACAUGGCACUGCAUUGUGGGAAGAAACUUUGGCAGCUACGUCACACAUGAGACCAAGCAUUUCAUUUACUUCUACUUGGGCCAAGUUGCAAUUCUGUUGUUUAAGUCGGGUUAAAUUCCUGAAAUAAAUGGACUAUGCAAAUAUUUUGAAAGUGUAAUGACUGAAGGGAACAACUCCUUUCCAUGAUGCCCCUCUGUAUCUUUUGUUACUGAGAUUUGAUUCCUAUGUAUGUUCACUCCUUAAUGGUUAUAAAAAGUUUGUGAGGGGGAAAAAAAGAAACUAUUUAUUUUCUAUGGUUUUCUAACAUUAAAUGUUUCUUUUUACAAACCAGUGUCCUGCCUAUGCUACAGCUUUCAACUGAAUCGGACUAAAUGUCCUGUGUGUGAAUUAAAGUGUUAAUGGUUAUCUUCACUAAGUAAUACAGUGCUAUUGUAUAGUUUAUGGCAAGCGUACAUUAAAAGUAUGGGUUCCUAAA